GCCAAAGAGCUUACCUCAGUGGUGAAGUCAGCCUGUGUUCACUUGAGCUUUGGUCAUGGGAGUGUUGGGUAUUGGACUACUGCUGCUGUGGGGCAGCGCUUGCCUUUGGCUGGCCAGCCCGGCCCAGGGAGACCUUCUCAUCCCAGGACAGGAUGGACCUUUCAAGGAGACAGGAGGUCCUGCCAGGACACAGCAGAAAAGAAGUACAGCAGAUGUCACGGUGGAGGUGUAUAGUGUGACGGUGGACUGCACGGUGACGUCACGUUUCUCUCACACCGUCAUGACCUCCAAGGCUCUCAAUAAAGCCAACGUCUCACAGGAAAUCUUCUUCGAGGUCGAUCUUCCAAAGACGGCCUUCAUCACCAACUUUAGCAUGGAAAUUGAUGGUCAAGUUUAUGUCGGAGAGGUGAAGGAGAAAGAGAAAGCCAAGAAACAGUAUGAGAAGGCGGUUUCUUCCGGAAAGACUGCUGGACUGGUCAAGGUUUCCGGGAGGAAAAUGGAGAAGUUUUCUGUGUCUGUCAACAUUGCAGCACAAAGUAAUGUCACUUUUGUUUUGACCUAUGAGGAGCUCCUUCAAAGGAAACAGGGCCAGUAUGAGAUUCUGACCCGAGUGAAACCCAAACAACUUGUCCAGGAGUUUCAGAUUGUGGCAAACAUCUAUGAGCCUCAAGGCAUUAACUUUGUUGAUGCCCAUGCAACUUUCCUCUCCAACGAUCUGCUCCCCCUGGUGGAGAAAACUGUCUCAGAAAAGAAGGCACACAUUUCCUUUUCACCAACUCUGGAGCAGCAGAGGAAAUGUCCAGGUUGUGAUGGAAGUCUGAUCGAUGGGGAUUUUCUCAUCAAGUAUGAUGUGAACCAUGACACCCGCCUCGGGGAAAUUCAGGUUGUCAAUGGAUACUUUGUGCACUUCUUUGCCCCACCCGGCCUGCCCAGGGUGCCAACAAAUGUAGUGUUUGUCAUUGAUCGAAGCGGCUCAAUGGGUGGAAUUAAAAUGGACCAGACACGAGAGGCAAUGCUCAAGAUCCUUCAAGAUCUCAAGGAGGAUGACUACUUUGCCCUCAUCCCAUUUGAUCACGAAAUAAUUAGCUGGAAGAAAACACUAAUCAAAGCCACAAAGGAGAAUGUGGCUGAAGCCAUGUCUUACACCAGGAGUAUAUUUGCUAGAGGAGGCACCAACAUAAACGACGCAGUGUUGAAAGCUGUGGAAAUGUUACUGACAGACAAGGCAGAGAACAGGGUUCCACAGAGAAGCAUCGAUAUGAUCAUUUUACUCACGGAUGGGAUGCCGAAUGGGGGCGAGUCCAACCCCCACAGGAUUCAGGAGAAUGUGCGCUCUGCCAGCAAUGGAAGCAUGUCUGUGUUCAGUCUGGGAUUUGGAAAUGAUGUGGACUACUCCUUCUUGAAUGUGCUGAGCCAACAAAACAAGGGACUGGCUCGCAGAAUUUUCACGGGCUCAGAUGCAGCUCUUCAACUCCAGGAUUUCUAUGAGGAAGUGUCCAGCCCACUACUUUCAGAAGUGAAUGUACGUUACCCGGACAAUGCAGUGGACUUCCUCACCACCAACCACUUCAGCCAGUUGUUUAACGGCUCAGAGAUUGUGGUGGCUGGUCAUCUGACAGACAACAACCUGGACAACUUCCUGGUGGAAGUUAUUGCCCAGGGGUGUGAAGAGAAUUUCCAAGUACAGGGCAAGGCCAGUGCUCUGGACUGGGGCACUAUUUACCCAGAUGAAGAGUACAUCUUUGGGGAUUUCACGGAGCGCCUAUGGGCGUACCUCACCAUCCAGCAGCUCCUGGAGAAAAGCAAGAGUGGCAGUCAGGACGAGAAAAGUAACGCCACAGCCAAGGCCCUGGACAUGUCCCUGCGGUACAGUUUUGUCACCCCUCUCACCUCCAUGGUGGUCACCAAGCCUGAAGAUGAGGACAAACCAGACAGCACCCUCAUCGCUAAUAAACUGACUGAGGAGGAAAGACAACAGGCAGAACGAACUGGACAUUAUUCCACUUCAAGCACACCCUCCUAUCACUUCACCAGUGCAGCACCAACAUAUCUCGUGGAUGGAGAUCCUCAUUUCAUCAUAGAGCUCCCAGACAGAGAUGAUGCUCUGUGCUUCAACAUCAAUGACCAACCAGGGACUAUUUUCAACCUGGUUAAAGACCCAAAGUCAGGUGUUUUGGUGAAUGGCCAGAUCAUUGGAGACAAGCAAAUUCCUCCCGAUGGCAAAAUCAACACCUACUUUUGGCGUUUUGGCAUCAUUCAGCAAAGGUUAGGAGUGAGAUUGGAGGUGAGCACUAAAAGCAUCUUAGUGCUCCAAGACGGCAAGCGGGUGAGGUUGCAGUGGUCUAACACAACAACCCUCAAAAGAGACAACAUGGAUCUUCUUUUGACCAAGGACCGCAGCCUAACGGUUACUCUAAAAGAUUCUGUCAAGUUUGUGGUCCUGCUACACAAGGUGUGGAAGAACCACCCAUACCACCAGGACUAUUUGGGCUUCUACACACUGGACACGCACCUGCUGUCCCCGUCCGUACACGGCUUGCUAGGUCAGUUUUACCAUGGGAUUGAAUAUGAGGUCACAAACGUGCAUCCAGGAGAAGUCCCAGAGAAACCAGAUGCCACCAUGUAUGUCAAAGGACAGGAGCUGAAUGUGACCAGAGGCUGGCAAAGAGACUUCAGGAGAGAUGUGAAGAACGGAGAGAACGUUCCCUGUUGGUUCAUUCAUAAUAACGGAACAGGUCUCAUUGAUGGAGAUGCCUCAGACUACAUUGUGUCUGGCCUCUUCAAAACAUUUUAGAAAUGAAAGUUUUGACUCAGAAAAGUGUCAAAAAACGUCACUGUCUUUCCCCAUAAAUGACAAAAUUCAGGUCCAAGAAGUAUACUACACACACGGAUGGCAGUGUUAUCCACAUCAGUGUGUCUUGAUUUUCUUUUUACAGUUUAUCACAUUAUUCCCCAGCAUUACACAGGUUAUUCUACCCUUUUUGGGUCUAACCAGUCAUGUUUUCCACAAUAAACGGAGAGCUUCCAUGUUUA